CGCCAAACUAUUGACGUUGCUCGACGCCUCUUAGACGCUGCCAUCAACUUUUACGAGGGACACGCUCACACUGAGGAUAUAUUGCGCCACGGUCGGGCCCUGCGAGUUCUUGAACACAGGGUGAGAUGAGUAUUCUUGAGUACAAUGGCGGAUGUGUCAUUGCCAUGGCGGGUAAGGAUUGCGUUGCCAUUGCUAGUGACCACCGUCUCGGAGUCCAAUUGACAACAGUGGCGAUGGACGCGACGCGCAUCUUCCCCAUGCACGACAAGCUCUAUCUUGGCCUAACGGGCCUGAUGACGGACAUCACCACGCUAGACCAGCUGUUCCGCUUCAGGCUGGAGAUGUACGAAAUGCGCGAAAACCGCAAGAUCAAGCCCAAGACAUUUUCCAAUCUCGUCUCCUCCACUCUCUACGGAAAGCGCUUCGGCCCGUACUUUUCUGAGCCGGUCAUCGCCGGCCUGGAUAAGGACAACAAGCCCUUCUUGUGCUCGAUGGACUUGCUGGGCUGCAUCGCCGAGGCGGAUGAUUUUGCGGUUGCGGGGACGUGCGCCGAGAGUUUGCUGGGGACGUGCGAGACGUUUUACAGGCCUAACUUGGAGCCGGAGGACCUGUUUGAGACCGUGUCGCAGAGUUUGCUCGCCGCGCUCGACCGCGAUUGUAUAUCUGGAUGGGGGGCUGUCGUCCACAUUAUCACUAAGGAUGGCGUCACUACUAGGGAGCUGGACGGUAGGAUGGAUUAGAGGACAGACCGGGUAUUGCGACACCAACAGCACAAUUGUUCAUACAAGAUGAACCAGUGUAAACUUAACUGUGCUUCGAGACCGUGACCAUAUCUUACACAUACAUCCGAGCUACGGGAGCAACUACGAUUACACCAUUGUCAAAUCUCUGCAGCCAAUAUCGCGAAAUACAAAUAUGCACACGCUUCCCUGCCGUUCCAACUAAA